AUGAUUGCAAUAGUGUAAACUCCAAGCACGGUGAAUUCAAAUAGACAAAGUAAAACACCUGGAGAAUAUAAUCACUUCAGGAGAAUAUUAAAAACAAGGCAGAGAUUCCCAUCAAGUUCCGAUUGUAAAUUCAGGAAAUCUGAAACUGCUCCCUUAAAAAAAUAAAGUGCAAAUUAAGUAAUGGAGAAGAAAGUUCUUCAAACUUUGUAAGAUAGACCCAAGACUCAAACAGAUAUCCCCGAAAGACCUCCUGAAUAUUAUAACUUAUUCAAUUUACCCUACAAGAACUACAAAUAUUAGAGACCUCCUGGAUAAAUAAAUGUGGAGGAGUAUUUAGAAGGAACCUACAAAUUAGGGAAAAUUAUUGGAAUUUGGGAUAAAAGUUUAUUGCAUAAGAAAUUGAAUGUGAAUAAUCUUCAGAUCAAAAGGAGCAAUUAUACUUCGGAUCAUCUCAUUAAGGCAAGGAAACCAUAAGGACCAUCGAGUUGUUUAGAAACUAUAUAUAUCGCUAAACUUCAAUUGGAUAAUGAGCAAUCUGAUGAAACAUUAAUUAAAAUGAAGUCCAUGGAGGACAAUCUAAAAUAAGAUAUACAGAGGUAUAUUGUGGAAGGAUCGGCACAUCCACUGUAAAUCAAAUUCCCAUCAUAAUCAUACAUUUUGAAUAGAUGGACAAGACAAUCAAUUGGCUAAGAAUAGCCAUAAUGCUCAAAAUGCGAAUUGAUCCCAAAAUUCACUUUUCAAAAGAAUUAAGUUAACAAUAGUGUGGAAUCAUUCAAAAGAUCUAUGAUUCAAUUUCAGUCAUAGGACACUUCUUCAUAAGUUACUGAACUGCCAUAACCAAUGAAAUUUUAUAAAUUUGAUCCAAAAAUUAAUUCAAUUUUGCAUCUCUACAAAACCAAAGGAAUGACAACAUUCUGUUUAAGAGAGAGUUUCUUAUGUUUAAAGAAACCAAUAAUAGGGGAUAGACUUUUAUUGAGUUUUGAUUUGAGUCCUCAGAAUAAUGAUGAGAAGGUCUCUUACAAAUAAUUUUGCCAUUUCAUACGAGUCUUCAUUCACAAGAAAGCAAAUUUGAAGGAAAUGAUAGACAGUGUGUUGAAUUUUUAUGAUCCGGAGAAAUAACAAAAAGUUACAAAUAGAGAAUUUAUUAAUAUCAAUAGGAUACUUUGUGAGUAAUUUAAAGAGAAACAUCCAACAGUUAAACCGAUUUAUUAAGAGUUGAUCUAAAACUUUAAAUUGUCGAAAGUAAUAAGUGAUGAAAAUGAUACUUAUUUUGAUUAAUAAGCAUUUAAACAUGUUUUCAUAUCAAAUUAAAUGCACAUCUAGGAUAUUAUAGAUUUGAUUAGUGAUGAGUGA